AUGGCAGCCCUGAGCAUGUGGAGUGUUUCCCCCAAUUCCGCACUCUUCGAAGAACCCGUCCUUCCACGAAGCUUGUUUCUGCCCGUUUCAUCUGAACAGCUCUCCUCCAGACUGACCUCGAAGUUUCACUGCUCCGAUGCUCCGUUCCAGUCAAAUUUGGUACCUGGUCAUCUUGUAGAGGGGUACGGCAACUUCCACAUGGGACGGGCAACAUGUAUCGAUGCUCUACCUCGACGGACUCUUCUCUAUGGCAGAGCUUUGAAUGGCCAAGACAAUUACGAGGUUGCCGCAUGUCUACCGGCGUUGCUAGCACCAGUAUCAGAAACCGAGAGACAAGCAAGAUAUAUCUGCACCACCAACUCCGAGUGA